AUGAGACCGCCGGAUGGAACAAGAAAUGUCAACGAGUGCACAAACAGCGCCUUGUGCACCUGCGCUUCCGGAUCAAAUUCAUGUGCAAAUAGAUGUCGGAAUACUAAUGGGAGUUUCAUUUGCGAGUGUGGCAAUGGAUACAGACUUCAAAGUGAUACAGUAUGCACAGAUGUCGAUGAGUGCGCCUUGAUUAACGGAGGUUGCAGACAACAGUGUGUGAACUAUCCCGGUGGGUACAAAUGCAACUGUCCGCGGGGUUUCCGUCUCGUGUUUGGAAAAUCAUGUAGAGACAUAGACGAGUGUGUCAGCAACAACGGAAACUGUCAACAUAAUUGCAGGAAUCUGUUCGGCAGCCAUCGCUGCAGCUGUGAUAAGGGAUUUCAUUUAAACAUAAAUGGAAGGACCUGCUCAGACAUUAACGAAUGUAAGUUAGUCCACGACUGUCAGGAUACUUGCAGCAAUACUCUUGGUGGAUACAAGUGCUCUUGUGGUAAAGGAUAUCAACUAAACACUGAUAAAAGGACAUGCACAGAUAUCGAUGAGUGUGACCCCAGAACCAUCGAAGGAAGUAAGGAAACAGCCACUCUCUCCGGUUGUCAUCAUAUCUGCACAAACGUUGACGGAAGCUUUCAGUGUUCUUGUAGGAAAGGAUAUGCGCUGAUGUACGACAAGAGGCAGUGUAAAGAUAUUGACGAAUGCCAGAGUGGAAAGCAUUCCUGUGAACAUUACUGUCACAACGCAGAUGGCCACUACUUUUGCACAUGUAGACCAGGCUACACAUUGUUAUCAGGCACGAAAAAGUGCAAAGCUCAGCCUUGUGAGAAGAUUUCUUCGCCACUCAAUGGUACAAUGAAUUGUUCCGGACUUGUCACUGAUGCCACUUGUUCAUUUUCUUGCGAUCCCGGAUAUGAUUUGGUCGGACCACGGUUGAUUACAUGUCUUGCUUCUUCAAAUUGGAGCAAAAAGCUACCUUUCUGUCAAGUAAAACAUUGCGAUACGUUGAUCACACGUAACUUGAAUCAAACUAUCUCAGUACCUUGCUUUACGUCCUUCGGCUCAACUUGCUAUUUUGGAUGUCGUCGUGGAUUUUUCUUGGAGGGAGAUGGACAAGUUAAUUGCAUCCUCAAUUCCAAGGGUGACGACGUUUCGUGGAACAUUGGGAAUUUUUCUUGUAAAAUGAUCGAGACCUGCCAGCCAAAUCCAUGCAGACAUGGAGGGAAAUGUUCAGCGCUGAGAGAAAAGCACUAUACCUGUAAUUGUGAAAACACUGGUUAUAAAGGAAGUCGUUGUGAGACUGGGUAUGUCCUGAAGCCUAUCUUUCCUAAACUACUCUGUAAUAAACAAUCCGAGAUGCUUUACCUUGUAGCACGACCACUGAUACGCCUCAAAGUAGUAUUAUCAUCUGAGGAAGGGGUUGCGUUUCAGCCACAGUCAUUUGUAUUUAACUCUUCAAAACGGACGCACCUAUUUACUGUGAUUGCAGAAAAGCCAGGAAUCCAAAGGAUUAGAUAUGAUCUUGAGGGUGAAAGUGCGAACGAUUUUGAAGCUCCUAAACUAGGCGUGUUAUUCACUGCGCCAAAAACGUCCCCUAGAAGCAGCUUAAGCACAAAGUUAUUCCUUCGCAAAGGGGAGCUACCCAUAGGCUGCGAGGAAAAUCAGAGAAAACUUUCAUGUGAAGUACGUCUAUUAUCUACCGCACCGUGGACGAAGAAUCCUUCCUCUACUAAUGGCAUUGUGCACAUAAACGCUGCAGGAAACCAAGAUAUUCCUCUUUCUCUAAUCGGUUUAAAUUCGUGGGAUGGUUUUUCUCGAGAUAAAGUGAUUGAAGCUAGCAUAUCUAUGACAGCUCCUUCCAAAAAGUACGUACUAUUGCAUUCAAAAAACGGAGCUUGCCAAGCAAGAGUCACAGACACAAACAGUCUACUUGAGCUCAUAAGAAACGAUGCAUUCGUGUCUUCGUUUAUGGAGGCACUUUCAUCGAUGGCUCCGGAAUGGCUUUCAUUUUCAGUUGACGAGAACAACAAUUUGUUUGACAUUCAGAACAUUGCUGCUAGUCUUGUACCUGAUUUGGAACACUGCUCAGGAUUUCCCCUAAAUCAAGCAUCAAGUCUCAUCUAUUACCGUCCUGCUGUGAAUUAUAAAAUACGAGUUACACAGACUGAGGUUCCUUUAUUCGCUGAUGGGACAACCUGCUUUGCAAUAAAUCUAUGCCAGCCUGGUUUGUUCGUUAACCUUCGCAAAGGAGACGCUAAUCUUUUAAAGAGCACUCUGAAUAUCCUCCGAGAAUUGAAGAAUGACGGGCUCAAUCUUCAGGUGGAUUCGAUCGGCUUUCAUAGAAACAAGGAGACUGUUCGUUUUGUGAAUGGAAUUAUUUGGAAUGGCAAGGAGUUACAAGAAUUAUCCCCCUUCCACUUCAACAUGUGGUUAAAAGGAAGCCUAGAAUGGAAAUUUGGGGUUCCUAAGCUCCUCCUCUUAUCUUUUACGAUGCGUGGGGAUGCCAUUAUCAGAUCCGACCAUAUGGAAAGUCUAUUUACCACUCUUAUGUCUCAACGGAUGGACAUGCAAUUAAGAGGAGAAGCAUUUCUGAACGUUUCUGGAAGAGCACUCGGGAAAGACUUUGUCUUGAAACUUGGUUUAGCCAAGGCAAGUGGAAAAGCUGUCUUGGGAGGAGAAGCUGGUUGUAACAAGAGUGUUCGCGGCAUCUUCUUCACACUUGAGAAAUCUGCCAGUAACCUUUUGAAUAAAAGCCCUCUUGCAACAUACAUUCGACCAAUAAAAAACGAACCUGUUCGUUUGGCAAUGCUCAUGUCAGUAAGCGGAGGAAUGCAAAACAAUAUCGUCAACAUCGGUGAAGUGAAAAACUUUCUCUCCAGCAUUAUUUCACUGUUACCUGAUCUGCAAUAUGUCAUCAUAAAAGCCAAACAGGUUAUGCCACAUGGUGAAAUUGCUCUUCAAAAAUCGUUAGACGUUGUUUCUCAAAUUAAGGUCUCAGUAGGCGAAUUGAAAGAGACGUUAACUGGAGAUAAAAUAAAAGUUUCACGAGCCCUGAAACUCUUAAACCGUAUAGUUAAUAAGUUAAAAUACUUAAAAAGCAUCACAGAUGUCAUGAGAGAUCAUUUCCCCACAACAAGCAAAAAAGGAAAGUAUACAGAGCUCUCAAACAGAAUUGAUGAGAUUAGGGAACGAUUUCCAAAAGGGUUACGCCUCAAUUUUGACGGAGAACCAAUUGACCAAAUUUUUAACGGAAUAAGCUUCAAAUUUAGAGGAAAUCUUUGCAUGGGAGACCUGUGCUUUAAGGAAUUAAGCACAACAGUUGAUUUCCUUACGGACAAAAACUGCCUUUCUAAUGCACUUCAUACAUCAGUAUUCAGAGGCAGAGGAGAAGCUUUAAGCCAGAUGGCUUUAGGUCAAGACAACAUACUGACUCUUCCUGCGGGACACGUUGUUGAAUUCAUCUUUCCGAGAGACUCUAACGCGGUGUCAGCUCAUUUUGUUGGAAGAAGUAAUCUUUUGGCCGUUAGUCAACGCGUUAAAGUUUCGUUGAAUAAGAAUCAACUUUCAUUUGAAACGCAAGGGAAGAUAUUUGAUAGAUAUAUGGCGAACAUGCAUGUAGUGGCAAUGACUGGUAAUGCUACAAAUUGGGGCUCCUCAGUUUUCACAGUUAACGGACGAAUGACGGAUUCUUCCCACCUUUCAAAACGUCUCCAAGGUCGAGUGACAAUCCUUGCCAAUUUCUUGGCAGAAAGAGCCGCCAAACGAGUUAGAAGUUGUGAGAGAUCGAUAUUGUAUACUGAAGAGAGGCUACAAACCGCAAAGGAAUUGGUUAAGAAGAAAGAGUUAAUAUUCAACAAAGCGUCAUUAGAAAAGCAACGGAGGCUCUCCAAACUCCAAAACGUAAAAGCUGCAUAUGGGAAUGCAGCAGCAGAGCUUGAAACUUCCCUUGCCCAAUUUCUGGAAGCAAAGCGGAACGAAACAUGCCAAUUUUUAAAAUGUAAUUUCAGCGACUCUAACACUUAUACACCAGCGGUUUGUCAUAAGCCAAUCUUAGUGAAUUAUACCAUUCCAGUUUGUCACAAAGUAAAGGAAGCUCUGAAAGAAGAAGUUAUCGUUUCAAAGGUGGUAAAAGUAAUCGAAAUGGUUGAAACUUCCAUAGUCAAACACCGUGGUAACUGUAGGCAACGAAUAGCCUUAAUUAGUGUAAUAGUUGGCUGCGAUACUUACCAAGUAAAGAUACCUGGCCCGAAAGCUCCAGUUACGCAUCACGUAACAAAAAACUACCGCGAAUACAAAAAGAAGGAAAUCGAAAAGUUCAUUUGCGAUGCAGAAAAGACGGAAACUGUGCUUUCUGGUUAUCUGACAUAUGAAUGUUCCAAAUAUGGAAGCAUAAACGUUCUUGACCCAAAGUGCGUCUUAAACAACUUACAUUGUAUAGGUAAAAUGGACUUACUCGCCGCUAAAAUCGACUUUAGAAAUAAGACCAUGUUCAGAGAUUUUCAAGAAAUGAUAACGAGAGAAAAAGACACAACCCAUGCUCAGCUGGAACUAAACAAGGCAGAAAUAGAGUUUGACAGUGCUGCAAGGCAGUUAAAGCUGGCUCAAGCACGGCUUAAACAGAGUGAGUUUGCUCGAAAAGCCUUAACCCUCAGCACAGUGAAACAGAGAGAAAAACUGGGUCUAACACUUGGCAAAAAAAUGGAAAAAAUUUCAGGAAAGCCACUGAUCUACGUAGAGAGUCUUACAUUUUCCGUAGUCUUGACCUCGUCAUCUGCGAAGACGCGAUUCCCCCUUACAGCUAACGUCAGGACAUUUGAAGGCUCGCGCAAAGGAAUUCAGUUUCCCAUGGACUUCAAAAAUGAAAACAGUUCUCUGGCCUUGGCAUCAAAACGUAUUCUUGAGCUACUCUUUGGAAUAUCCCAGUCAAGAAGACGAAGGUCAUUAAGAGAUGAGUCCAUCAACUCCAAAAGGAAUGAUAACGACUUAUCAAUUGAAAGACACGAAUGUCUUCUUUCUAAAGAAGCCCACAUUCUAUUCUCUGAUAUUGUUCAAUCCAUGGAUUUUUCGAUAAAAAACAAAAGGGAAGCUGAUCAAGCUUUGUUUUCGGGAAUCAGAGGCAUAGAGGAGCUCACUGAUGAUGGUAGCAACGAUGGAAACAGUUCUUACAGCGAUAUAUUUCAGUUUCUCAAGAAUGCUCAGCUUAACACCACUGGAGGCACAUCUUGGAGUGACAUGUUAAACGAUACACGUGGAUUUCUAGAUGCUGUGACGCUGAAGAAGAGGUUUACACAAUGUUCAGGGAUUCUUGAUUGUGCUGACUUCUUCUUUGACAGCCUAGACGAACUGUAUGAAAGGGAAAAUCACCCCAGAGCAAUUGAAAUCAAAAAGGGGCUUCAGGCUUUAAACAAGAUCAUCGAUAGUAUUUUAAGGGAGGACAUUACUAUGUCUUUGUUGGAAAGAAAGCUAUCUCAAGCGAGGCUUUUCAUUAACGGAAGCAACGAUGACAUGAUACUUUGCGGUCAGAAACCUAAAAUCGAAAAGAGUUCUCCUGUAAGAGUUGUCUCGCUUCUUGGCGGAGAUGUCAAUUUAGUUUGUGAGGCUAAAAGUACUCUGGAAGUUGAAUACGUGUGGAUGAAGAACGGACAGUCACUAGAAGGGGAAAAUGGGGCCAUACUUGAGCUAAGGAAUGUCACCGAAGAUAGUGAAGGAGCCUACAAGUGUCACGCUUCCAAUACAAGAGGAACUACAGUAUCUAAUGUCACAAUCCUGGUUGUGCAUCAAAGACCACAUAUUACCGAACACCCACUGGAUAAGCAGAAGCUCGUUGGAGAUGAAAUAAUGUGGAUAGUCUGCAACAGCACCGGUGUUCCUAGGCCAUCAACAGAGUGGUUCUUUAUUCCAAUAAAAGGGAUGAGCCAGGAUGCUGUUCGUCUUAACGAGACGGGCCAAGUUCUAGAAAUAAGAAAUCUGAGAAAAGAAAAUGCCGGCUUUUACUAUUGCAAUGUAUCUAAUUUACAUGGUGCUGCUCAAAGUAGAAUUGCAAGACUGGACGUUUUAAGAUUCAUUCCAGGCGUGCCUAGCAUCGCUGUCAGUUUAAAACUGAAGCAAUGUUUUUCCACGCCUUCUGAGGUAAACAGCAGUCCAUAUGACUGCAAUAGUAAAACGAUCGGUAAUUUUCAUCAGAUAGAUACUGUGGCUUAUCAACAUAUUACUCAGAAAAUGUUGGAGCAUAUGAGUUGGCCGAUGAAAAAAAUUAAGGAUGAGUAUUACACACCAUUUCCAGAUGCUGCGAUCUCGUUCGUUCUUUAUGGUGACGACCCCAUAACACCAGAAGGAAAGAAGCUCGAAGCGCUUAAUGAAUUCUCCCUCUCUAAAAGACGCAUAGGAGACAGUUUAAAGAAGCUCUAUUCUUCCCUAGAAGACGAAAACUUGAAGACUCAAUGGGGAAACUUGACAAUACUUGGUGCCAAGGAAAGCCUUAAAGCUAGAUUUCCUUCACAAAAAUGUCCGAGUGGCACAGGAAUUCAUGAAGAUGGGUACUUAUGCGUGUACUGUCCGCCUGGUUACUACGAAGUAGGAAAUAGAACUUGCGAACCAUGCCCUGUCGGCACAUAUCAGCCAGAUGAAGGGAGCACAGAGUGUGUUAAAUGUCCUUAUCGAGAUGCAUUUACAGAGCCUGGGGCGGUACGAGAAUCUUACUGCAGCGAUCUCUCUAUACCCUGCAUUAAGCCUCCUCAAACUGAAGUCGCAAGGGCCCAAAUGCCAAACAACAUAAAGAGUCUUCACCACGCAGGUGAAACCGUUGACUUUGAAUGUCAGCCUGGGUACAAAGUAGUAGGCAAUGCAACUGCAGAGUGUAACGAGGGAAACUGGACCGAGACUGACUUUUAUUGCGAGAAGACUUGCAAUCCGCCCUGGACCGAGCUGAAGAAGCGUUGCUACUUGGUAAUAGAGGCUCAGUUCCAACUAUGGAAGGAUGUGCAGAGCCAGUGUCUGAAGCUCAAUUCACUGAUGGUGACCAUUUCCUCGGAAGAAGAAAAUGAAUUUGUCCAUCAGCUUGUUCAGGUUUUUCUCAGGGAGAAGAGAUGGACUCAAGCACAGAUGUGGCUCGGCCUGAAGAAGAUGCACGCUAUUGGUAAUUUUCUCUGGGUGGAUAUGACCACUUUAAAAGGAUAAACAAACUGGGUCCCUGGAGAACCAAAUAACGCAGGAGGUCAAGAGCUAUGUUCUGAGAUGUUGGUCUCUGGUAAAUACUGGCCGGGCAAGUGGAAUGAUG